AUGGAUCUCCUGGUUUGCGCAGUGCUUCCGGCUGUCCAGCUAUUCGCCGUCGACAAAAUUUGGCCGGAAGGAUUGCGACAAAACUCACUCCCUGCUCUGCAUAUCGCUAUUCUCACUUUCUUGGCACAGUACCUGACACUGAAGUUUUAUCGUAUUUUCCUGUACCAUAGAUACUUCUCACCCCUGCGUCAUGUACCUGGCCCUACAAACAACAACCCCUUCUUCGGCCAGGGCCUCAAUCUCAUUCGCGCCGAGACUCCUUCUUCCCUGUAUGUCGAGUGGAUGAAGGAACACCCUGAUGCCCCAUUUAUCCGCUAUCUUGGCUUUCUCAAUACAGAGGUCCUCGUGCCGAACAGUCUUGCCGCGUUCAAGAGUGUGCUUCACGACAAUUGCUAUGAAUUCGUCAAGCCGCAGUGGUUCAUCCAGGUAGUGAAAGAAGCUGCGGGUCAUGGACUUAUUCUCAUGGAGGGCAAGGAGCAUCGCGCUCAUCGAAGAAUGCUCACGAACUCUUUCUCCCUGAAGAGCAUCCGCAAGCUCGAACCUGUAUUCAAGGGAAAAGCUCAGGACAUCUGCCGAUACUUUGAGCAGCAGAUCUCGGAUCAUGACGGGAAGACUGGGACAUUCGACUGCAUACAUACCUUCAUGAAGGCAAUUCUAGACGUUAUGGGAACAGUCGUUCUGGGCGUUGAUCUUGACUACGUCAAAUCUGGGGCCGAGGGCGAUGAUAACCUCAGGACAGGAAAGUCCUUCAAAGGCAAACAAGAGUGCAGCUUCCACGAGGCCUACGACGUCUUCUUCGCGCCGGACACAAUGGGAAAGAUAAUGAUGUUAGUGAAUGCCCACAUACCCGUGCGGUGGCUCCCUAUCGAGACAAAUCGCACAUUCAUGUUCGCCAUGGACUGGCUGAACGAUGUGCUCCGGACACUUAUCCAAACGAGAUAUCGCGAAGUUGCGGACGCCAAAGCCGCUGGAACACACGAAAUGAACAGCUCGCGCGACCUGGUCACAUUCAUCGUGGAGGAGAGCGGCCCUGGCGGCGCGACUGAGGGGAUGGGCGAAGACGAGUUCCUCGGCCACCUCUUGGAGAUCAUGGCUGCAGGGCACGACACGUCUGCGAACAUGCUGUCUUGGAGCUGCUACAUAAUGGCGACCAGGCAGGAUAUACAAGAUCGGCUCCGUGCAGAGCUCGCUACCACCUCGCCCGAUGCCUCGUUCGCGGAGCUGGAUAAGUUACCCUACCUUGAGAACUUCGUCAAGGAGUCAUUGAGAGUCUACUGUCCAGCAACCACAUAUCAUCGCGCAGCCAGCGAGGAUGUCGUUGCCGAGGGCAUAGCAAUUCCAAAGGGCACUCUCCUCGACAUCUGCCCAUCAGUCACCCUCUUCAACCCAACAAUUUGGGGAGAAGACGUCGACGAGGUGGACCCAACCCGUUGGGAGCGUCUGAAAGGCGAUCAGCAGAACCCUUACGCAUUUUCGGCAUUCUCCAGCGGCCCCAGAAUCUGCAUUGGCCGCCUGUUCGCGCUGUUUGAGAUCAAGAUCAUUUUGGCUGAGGUGGUGCGGAAUUAUCGCCUCCUUAGCGUCGAGAAACCGUUCAAGGUGGAAAAUCCCAGCUUCACUUUACGGCCGGCAGGUAUGGAGGUUCGACUAGAGAAAGUUUGA